AGGUAAGAUUACCAAAUGUCUGUAACAGAAAUUUAUCAAAGGUAUGGAAUGUUCGAGAAAACAAAGAUGGCGAUAGAAAGCGUUGAAGGAUUGGAGCGAUUUACGCAAGGCCACAAAGAGUUCGGGAUCAUGAUGACUGAUAACGGUGGCGUGAGGUGCAUGGAGUGGGUACCCGAUGUUAAAGCUGUUUAUCUUAAAGGAGAAUUCAGUAACUGCUGGGAGCUUAGAAAAUUCGAGGCUAGAAAUUUCGGUAAAUGGGAAUUGUAUAUCCCCCCGUGUUACGACGGUAGCUGCCCUAUUCAACACUUGAGCGAACUGAAGCUUGUAAUCGAAACACAUGAUAACCAACGUCUUGAACGUAUUUCACCUUGGGCAAAGUACGUUGUACAACGUGGAGAUGAUGCUACGUUUAAAUGGCUUUUCUGGAACACACCAAGAAACCAAAUACAAAAGUACACACAAAGACCAAGCAAACCGGACCGCCUUCGAAUCUACGAAGCUCAUAUUGGAAUUGCGUCUGACCGUUAUGAAGUGUCCAGCUACCGACAUUUCACAAGACAAGUGUUGCCACGUAUACGAGACCUUGGGUACAACACUCUUCUACUUAUGGCGCUUGUAGAGCACCCAUAUUACCCAAGUUUCGGAUACCAAGUUACCAACUAUUUCGCAGCUUCAAGUCGUUAUGGAACAACUGCCGAGUUAAAAGAACUGAUCGACACUGCGCAUGCGAUGGGAAUUUACGUCAUAAUGGACAUUAUGCACGGGGAAUCGUCAAAGAACAUUCUGGAUGGAUUGAAUAUGUUUGACGGUACAGAAGGCGGGUUCUUUAAACAAGGAAAAGAAGGCACAAACCAAGAACAUAACACAAGGGUGUUUGAUUACAGCAAAUGGGAAACAGUUCGCUUUCUGCUUUCGCAACUUCGAUUUUACUUGGACGAGUUCCAAAUCGACGGCUUCAGAUUCUGUGGUGUGACAGAAAUGGUCUACCGAGAUAUGGAGACAGGCCGACGAAUGACAGACGAAUACGAACAAUACUUCGGAACUCAUAUGAACUUGGAAGCUAUUUCAUAUUUAAUGCUAAUGAACGAUAUGCUGCAUAAAUUCUACCCCGAAGUUACAACUAUUGCCGAGGAAAUGAGUGGCUUGCCAUGUAUUACACGGCUUGUAAGCGAAGGUGGGCUUGGAUUCGAUUACAAAAUGGCGAUGGAUAUUCCAGAAAAAUGGAUGAAGCUCAUUUCCAACACGCGAGACGAGGAUUGGUGUAUGGAAUAUAUUCAAAAUUUCCUGACCAAUCAGAGGCCAGGAGAGAAAAGAAUCGCCUACGUGGAAAAUCACGAGCAGAACGAAGCAAGUCUAAUGACACUCAGUCGAAAUUUGAUCGGGAAUUCUCCGAUGUCAGAAACCGAGCAGUUAACUAUUUCAUUGGACCGUGGACUCAGUUUAUACAAAAUGAUUCGCCUGCUUACCCAUGCUUUUACUGGGCAAGGAUACAUGAACUUUAUAGGAAACGAGUUCGGGCAUCCUGAUUGGGUAGAGCUACCCUCGCCUGCAAACAACGACAGUUACAAAUUUGCGAGACGACAGCUCUACCUAGCGGACAACGAUCAGCUACGAUACAAGUACCUCAAGAGAUACGAUACCGCAAUUAAUAAAUUGGAACAAAACUUUGCUUGGUUGAAGUCCAAUCAGAGCGUCGUAACACGUAAGCACGAGGAUGACAAAGUUUUUGUAUUCGAACGAGCUGGUCUUAUAUUUGUAUUCAACUUCCAUCCGACUAAAAGCUACAAAAACUACAAGAUACCUGUACAAAAUGGCGGAAGCUACAAUAUUGUUUUGGAUUCGGACGAAAAAUUCUUCGGUGGCAAAAACCGCAACCAGCAACAAACAAAUUUCAAUACGCAGAAUGGAUAUUACGAAAAUUGCAACAACUCCACAAUGGUGGACAUGCCUUCUAGAUCCGCUUUUGUGAUGUCACAAUGCAACAAUAUGCCACGCGAAGAAUAUCAGCAUAUUAUUACGUCAUACCAUGGCGAAUUCUGGCAUUAAGUUAUUUCCAACAAAAUAAAUUUUAGAGUAGAAUGUCGUCCUUUAGCUAUUCAUAUCCUUAUCAUGUAGUGCCUAAAUCAUAGGCGCCAAAUCUUUUAAAAUGCAGGGGAUGCAGGAAUAGGAUACAAAGCCCUUGGGAACAAAUUUUAUCUAAUUGGUCGUAUUUUUAUGGUUUUAAACGGUGCAAAAAUUCCAGGGCUAACUUGCCUACCUUGCCACCCCAGAUUUGUCGCCUAUGCCUAUUAUUUUAAUGUCGUUUUGUCAAAUUAGAUUAAAUAAACCAUAUAUUGAAAAACGUUGUAUUUAUUUAAAUGAGCACCCGAUUUUAAGUCUUAGAUUUAGCAGCAGAAAAAAAGAUUUUUGCCAUGUGGAAUUAAAAUAAAUAAGCCACACAUUGAAAAAACGUUGUAUUUAUUUAAAUGAGCACUCGAUUUUGGAGUGUACGCUUUAAGAAGCA